AUGGGAUAGAUCUGUAAAUUGCCUUCAGUAACUGAGUCAAUUUAAUAUGAGGAUUCAAACGAUAAAGGACCUCAAACUUAAGAUUAAUAACAAUAGGAGUAAAUUUUGAAUAGCAAUCAGUUGAAUACAGUACCAAAUUAAUAUUCAUUAUAACUAUCAUGUAAUUAGGAAUUUGGGAUUCCUCAAUUUGGAUAAAAGAUGCAUUCUCUUCAAGAUAGUUGUUUCACACCUGAGUUCUUGGGAAUCAGUUAACCAUUUUAAUAAUAAGUGAAUAUAUAUUAAUAAUAAUUUUGA